AUGGCAGUUGACCUCUCGACAACGAAGCUCAACCCAGAUAGUCACAUUUUACUGGACCAACCGCUCUUGCGGCUUCCCCAUGAACUUGUUCGUCGCAAUUUCAGAAAUACGCAACGCUAUGUCGAACGAGAGAGAGACCAGAUUCUGCCUGCCCUCAAGGACGCAGCCAAUGCCGCCCUGAGUUCUUCCCAAACACCGGACCAGACUAUAGCAUCUCUAGAUGCCAUGAUACAGAGAAUGCAUAACUUCAAGCGCAAGUUGGAGAAACUACAUGUCGAGGAAGAAGCACUGCAUGACCACACUGCGAAACGCAUCAAACAUUUACAAGACCUCUAUGAAAUACCCUCUUUGACGGACGUACAAUAUGAACACUGGUCACGGACUCGACUAGACAGACUCAUGGUCGACUACCUUCUACGUUCAGGAUACUCCAGAUCAGCGAAUGUGCUGGCCGAAACCAAACAGAUAUCCCACCUGAUCGACCUCGAUACCUUUGUGACAUGUCACAAGAUUGCUUCAUCUCUCGCUCGAGGUGAGACAAAGGACGCCCUCGGCUGGAUCAACGAAAACAAGAGCUCACUGAAAAAACUCAUCACCUCGCCCAACAAAACCACUGACCUGGAGUUCGAACUCCGUCUACAACAGUAUAUUGAACUUGUCCGGGCAGGCACUACGGCCAAGAAACUCGAGGCAAUGGUGCACGCUCAACAACAUCUCACAGCCCAUGCGGCAUCCCGCUCACAACCUAUAUUGCACGCAGCCGGUCUCCUGGCACAACCACCGGACACCCACGCCGAACCGUACCGAGCCCUCUUCUCCCCAUCACGAUGGCACCAUCUAUCCAAUCUAUUCAUCGAAACUCACCACAACCUCCUCGCUCUCCCCGUCCAACCACUCUUGCACGUCGCCCUAUCAGCAGGACUCUCCGCUCUCAAAACCCCGGCCUGCCACAGCGCCUAUAAUCCCGCCAGCUCAUCGACGCCAGGCCACGCACACAUGGCGACCAACACAUCUCUCUGUCCGAUCUGCAGCAUGGAACUCAACGACCUCGCGCGGAACGUGCCGUACGCGCAUCACACGACCAGUUCAGUCGAGCCCGACCCCGUCGUCCUGCCCAACGGCCGCAUCUACGGCCGCGACCGCCUGGAAGACCUGCAGCGGAAGCUGGCCAUGGCGGGUCUGAGUGGCGACGCCGGCGUCAGCGAUCUCCAGAUCGGGAAGGAAGGCGAGGUCCGCGAUCCCACCACCGGCGAGACUUUCAGCUGGGACCAAGUCCGGAAGGUCUAUAUCAUGUAG